GGAAGCUCUUCAGGGCAGGGACACAGCACAGAGCCCGUGACUCUGGCUGGGGCCUCCCCUUCCUUUCCCCUUCCUUUCUUGACACCUGUCAGGGCCUUAGGGUGGGGGUGGGAUUGUGGCCCCUGAGCCCACAGCAGAAUGUGGUGGGUGAGUCUUGGCAAAGGGGUGUCCUAGUUCUCUGUGGCAGGGGUGGGAUGCAGGUGACUCUCACCCUGGAAGGGGCUAUCUGGAGAACAGACCCUCCCCUUCCAUGUUUUUCCUCCUUGCUGAGGAGACAGUCGUGGCACAAAAUGUGCCUGGGUCUGAAUGGCAAAGAGUCUGAGUUGGGCCUCUCCCCAUCCUCUUCUGUUUUGGGACCUCCACUGCCAGACAGCACAAUGUGAAUGCAGGGGACGGAAGUGGCAAAGUGACCAGAGAUGCCAUGAAGCUCCCACCUCCCAAUGAAGAGCAGAAUAAACCAAGACUGUAGGAAGAAUUCCCUCGUCCUAUUCUGUCUUGUAGUACUGAGGUGUCUUAUUUUGUGCUAGGACACUGUCUGUAUAGCACAGGGAUUUAUACCAACACUGACAAAUUAUUUGGUCCCUUUGAUGAUGAUAGCAGAGGCUAAUCAGUUGUACUAGCUUGUGGGGUUUGCUCUAGAUAUAACAAUUAUCUGUAUGUGUCUGUUGCAUGUGUAGGCAUGAACAGAAUCCGGAUCCACGUCUUGCCAUCAAGUCGGGGGCGUGUUACCCCUGUGCCAAGGCCCCAGGAACCCUUGCCUUGUGCCUUCACACACCGCCAGUGUUCCCAGCCUCGGCUGGAAGGGCAAGAAUUCUGCAUUAAGCACAUCCUAGAAGACCGGAAUGCUCCCUUCAAACAGUGCAGCUAUGUCUCAACUAAGAAUGGGAAGAGGUGUCCAAAUGCUGCUCCCAAAACUGAGAAGAAGGACGGGGUAUCAUUCUGUGCUGAACAUACCCGCAGAAAUGUGCUGGCACAUCAGGCCCAGCUGAAGAAAUCCAGCCCUGGACCUAUGGGUGAGACUCUUCUUUGCCAACUUAGCACUUAUGCAAAGACGGAGCUGGGCUCCCAGACAGCAGAAAGCAGCCGCAGUGAAGCUAGUCGAAUCCUAGAUGAGGACAGCUGGAGCGAUGGAGAACAAGAACCUGUGACAGUGGAUCAAACGUGGCGAGGGGACCCUGAUAGUGAAGCUGAAAGCAUUGACAGCGAUCAGGAGGAUCCUCUGAAACACGCUGGUGUGUACACAGCUGAGGAGGUGGCCUUGAUCAUGCGUGAGAAGCUGAUCCGUUUGCAGUCAUUGUACAUAGACCAAUUCAAACGACUCCAGCACCUCCUGAAAGAGAAGAAACGUCGAUACUUGCACAGCCGCAAAGGAGAGCAUGAAGCCAUAGGGAGCAGCCUUCUGACAGGCCCAGAGGGGCUUCUGGCCAAGGAGCGUGAGAACCUGAAGCGACUGAAGUGUCUCCGGCGUUAUCGGCAGCGCUACGGCGUGGAGGCUCUCCUGCACCGCCAGCUGAAGGAACGUCGGAUGUUGGCAACCGAGGGUGCGGCCCAACAGGCACACACUACUCGUUCCAGCCAGCGGUGCUUGGCCUUUGUCGAUGACAUUCGAUGUUCCAGUCAGUCUCUCCCGAUGACCAGACACUGCCUCACGCAUAUUUGUCAGGAUGCCAACCAGACUUUGUUUAAGCUGUGCCCAGGGUUAGAAGAAGUGCCCUGCAACAAGCCGGUUCCUGUAAGCCUUUCUGAGAAUCCCUGCUGUCCGCUCCAUCUCCAACUGCCGCCUCCCAUGUAUGUACCUGAGCAGGUGCUGGCUGUUCCUGAGGAGCUGGGCGCUGCCUCUACGGAUCUGUACUUGAGCACUGCUGAGCUCCAGCCCACAGAGAGCUUACCCCUGGAGUUCAGCGACGAUUUAGACGUGGUGGGAGAUGGCAUGCAGUGUCCCCCUUCCCCUCUGCUCUUUGACGCCUCCAGGGCCCUGGAAAAUCAAUCCAUCAAAGAUGUUGCUGAGGCUGCUGUAAACAUACUGGCCCAUGAAGAACCUCCUCAGCCAGGCAUCCCGCCCCAGGUGACCCAGCCGGACAGAGGGAGCUCUUCUGGCCAUGCCAUCAUGGCAACCGCGGGGUCUCAUGCAGAGCCACCUUCCCAGAGUCACCUGCAGACUGGGGUGGGCAGGCCUGGACCAGAGGAAGACAGGAAGCUAGCAAAAACUACAGCCUCUGCCCGGCCCCAUGGAACACUGGCAGCAGCCAAUGGGAAUCCAGAACCAGCCUCCAUCAGCUGAUAAGAUCUUGGAUUGGGAACCGAUACUUCUGAAAUCUUUUUCUUGAUUGCAGUCUUGACUGCCCUCAGAUGGACCUGAGUGUGAAAUACAUGUGGUUGUUAGAAUGUGGUAACGCGACACUUCACUGCACUUCUAACGUUGGUUCCCCUUUCCACUAGAGAAUUGCCACCAGAGCAGUGGAACCGGGGAAGGGUGAAAUGUCUGGCCAGAAGCUCAUAUGACAGGUUCCAGUUGGUUGCUCUCCUGUCAGACCCUCCCCCUCUCAUUCAGUUCUGGUUCCUUUCGGCCAAGCCUGCCAAAAGCACAGCUCAUUAGUGAGAGUGUCAUUCCCAGUCAGGGGAGAAGAGACAUAGAAGGGGCUCACUGGCUUGUAGGAUAUGCGCUCGGCGAAGUUGUGAUGUAUCCAUGGAGAGGGGUAAACGUGUCCCACUGAAAGAGAUUUUCCAGGUAGAGACUGAACGUUCUGUGUAGUCAGCCUGUCAGGGAUGCAUGUGCUAGGCAGAGGGUUGGCUUGUUCACGCUGUAGCACCAUGUACUAAAGCAAGAGGCUGUUCUAAAUGUAUCCAAUUCUGGUGUGCAAUGGCUGGCAUUCCUCUGGCAUUGUAAGCCUGAAAUUCCACUCCUGAGCCUUGCGUUAGCUGAUGUACCAGCCCCGUGGGGUGCUGAGCGUGUGUCAAACCAUGUAUAAAUGUGCUGUACACAUUUUCCAGUUUGUAACAGAACAGGAGAAAUUCCCACCUAAAAAAAAAAAAAAAAG